CAGAAGCUUCCACUACACUCUCCCCACAUUUUCAAUUACCACAGAGCAAUUUCUAGCUUGCUAUAUCGUAUCUGCAGCGUGAGAACUCACACAAUGUUUUGCCGCCCAUGUUGCAAGCUGUACGGAUAGAUGGCGGGGUAAUGGACAAGCCACCGCCGCGCCACAGGAGGAUGAGUGGCUAAACCCCAAUCGCUGUACCAUACGUUGCCAAUCAACGUCACUGCCAGGCUUCCUGCAUCGCGCUCGGCCUCAUAUCUCUCUACGCGACCAAGGCUCGGCACAAGCAGUCGAGUCUAAUCCGGCGCUGAAUCAGACAUUCAGUGUUCUGAAGUCACUUAGUCUGUCUUAUUGUGCCCCUCAAUACUGGUGCUAUCACCGGGAGUUUGUUGGCCCACCAUGGAAACCGUCAGAGCUCUGUUCGCCAAACCAGACCCCAAUGCGCAGUUUCGAAAAUGUAACCAGAUCCUUCGCUCCAACCUUCGCAAGCUCGAUCGCGACAUUGUCCAGGUCCGCAAUGUCGAAACGAAGACCAAGCAGCUCAUACAGCAAGCCGAUCGUCGGGCUCAGCGUGACCCUACGCGCUCGGCGCAAGCACAGAAGGAGGUGCGCGACUUUGCCCGCGAACUCAUCCGUGCCCGGCGCACGACAGCGCGCCUGAUCACCAGCAAGGCACAACUCAACAGCGUCCAGAUGCAGGUCAACGAGGCAUUUGCCGUGCGCAAGAUUGAGGGAUCGAUCAAAGCAAGUGUGGGCAUCAUGAAGGACGUGAACGCAUUGAUAAAAUUGCCUGAGUUGGCCGGGACGAUGCGCGAGCUGAGCGUGGAGUUGACAAAGGCCGGGAUCAUGGAGGAGAUGCUCGAGGACGUGAUGCCCGAGGAUGUCGACAUGGAGCUGGAGGGUGAGGAGGGCGAGGGCGAAGUGGACAAGGUCCUUGGAGAGAUCCUCAAAGACAAGAAACAGACAGAGCCGGCGGCCAAGCUACCUGCCGCACCAGUCCCCGAACCGCGGAAGCCGGCGGCCGCUCAGGUGGAGGAGGAAGAGGAGGAGGAUACAGAUGCCAUGAUGGACCAGAUGAGAGAUCGACUGCAAGCCCUCAGGAGUUGAGGUGCUUAUGGGGCUACGAUGUACAUUUGGGGCGUUUUGGUGUUGGGUUCUUCCGAUCUAGGCGUCAUGAUGCGAUGCCUCCUCACAUGAAGUUGUGUGCAGUUC